AGCAUCGGCCGGAUAAACAACCCACACCCCAGACGGGCUCGUAGACACAUUUCAUAACCCAGCAUUUCAAAAACGGAUGGUGAGGAAAAUUUUUCCAUCGUCAAAAACAAUCAGCCCAGCCAUUAUCUUUGACUAUCCGUUGACCACUGGCAUUUGUUUUAUCUUUGCCCAAAUAAUACCCAGAUCAUUCCACCAUGGCCAGUGGUGAUCCGACAGCUGGCCAGCGUGAAAUCCGUAUUCUGGAGACGGUCGACGACAUUCAAGUUCGUCGUCAUGAAGUUCUCUCCCAUUAUGAGGAUUUUAAGAAGGAAACCAUCCACAAGCGCCAUAAAUUAGAGGAUUCUCUGCGCUAUCAGUACUUCCGUAGAGAUGCCAAUGAUUUGGAAUCUUGGUUGUACGAGAAGCUGCAAGCAGCCAGCGAUGAAUCCUACACGAAAGAUUCUACCAAUCUGCAGGCCAAGAUCCAGAAGCAUCAAGCAUUCGAAGCGGAAGUGCAAGCCCAUCAUAAUAUUCUUCUGCAGUUGGAUAAUGAAGGGAAAAAAAUGAUUGACACUCGCCAUUUUGCAGCGGAUAACAUCGCGAAACGGCUGGAGGAGCUGCACCGGUUGUGGGAUUUGCUGCUGCAAAAGCUCCGUGAACGCCGCUUUCGUCUGGAACAGGCCCAAAAACUCGUGGAAUUUAUGCGUCAGUAUGAAGAUAUGAUGUUUUGGAUUCGUGACCGAGAGGCGUUUCUCUCUGCGGACGAUGUUGGCCGCGAUUUAGAGCAUGUCGAGGCCAUGCAGCGCAAAUUUGAAGAUUUCCAAAAGGAUAUGGCUUCACAAGAGCAUCGUGUGCACGAUAUCGUGGCACUGGCCAAUCGGCUCAUACAAGAGGAGCACCCCGACCGAACACUGAUCGAUGAACGCCGGACAACAUUGCUUGACAGCUGGAAUCGCUUGCGUGAGCUCAGUCGGCGCAAACAGGAGAGACUGUUCGGCGCGCAGGAAAUUCAGCGUUUCAACCGGGACGCCGAUGAGGCACUGGCGUGGAUUACCGAGAAAGAAUUGCCAGUUCAGUCGGAGGAUUUUGGAAAGGAUUUGCCUAGCGUGCAGGGCUUGCAGCGGAAACAUGAUGCUGUGGAGCGAGAUUUGCACGCACUGAAGGAAAAAGUGGAAAUUUUACGGGAAGAGGCUAAUCGCCAAAAACAAUUGCACCCCGAUCAUACUUCCCAUAUUGACGAGAAGUUGACGGAACUGAUCCGUCGUUGGGAAAAUUUGAACCAUAAUGCGCAGCAUCGCCGGCAGCGUCUGGAGGACUCUUACCACGUCCAUCGCUUCUUGUCUGAUUAUCGCGACCUGAUUUCCUGGAUUCACGACAUCAAAGCUAUCAUUAAAGCUGACGAAUUGGCCAAAGAUGUACCAGGCGCGGAAUCCCUGCUGGAACGACAUAAUGAGCACAAAACGGAGAUUGAUGCGCACGAGGAUUCUUACAACAGUGCUGUUCACUCCGGCGAGCGGCUGAUCCAGUCCGGACAUCAUGCCGCUGAUGACAUUCGCGAUAAGUUGACUAAUUUGCGGGAGGAAUGGAGCACACUGAACGUACUGUGGCAGGAGCGCCGCAUUCUUUUCGAACAGUGCAUGGAUUUGCAGCUGUUCUAUCGCGACACGGAACAAGCAGAAACUUGGUUGGCUAAACAGGAAUCGUUCUUGUCCAAACCCGAUCUGGGUGAUUCGCUGGAUGAUGUGGAAUCACUUUUGAAGAAGCAUGAAGAUUUCGAAAAGUCCUUGACUUCUCAGGAGACGAAAUUCCAGGCGCUGGAUGAUUUCGCCAUCAAGCUGAUUGAAGCUCAGCAUUAUGCUGCCGAUGAAAUUAGCUCCCGACGCACGGCACUUUUGGAGCGCCGCGAAGCUCUGCUGGAACGCGCUGCAAAGCGCCGUCAGAAGCUGGAUGAAGGUCAGGGUGUGCAGCACUUCUUGCGCGAUUCCGAUGAAGCUAAGGCAUGGAUUAACGAAAAGAUCAAAGUGGCAUCCGAUGAAAGCUAUUUGGACCCGACUAAUUUGACCGGAAAACUGCAGAAGCAUCAGACUUUUGAACAAGAGCUGAAGGCUACACAGCAUCGCAUCCAGCAGAUCAAUAACCAGGGCGAAGCGCUGAUUAACAGUGGACAGUCCCCGGAUCAAGUACGCCGCAAUCUCGAUGACCUGAACGCAGCCUGGGAUGCAUUGGUGCGUGCCGCGCGCCACAAGGGCGCCCGUUUGGAAGACGCCAAUAAAGGUCAGGGCUUCCAUCGCGAUGUGGACGAUGUCGAAAUGUGGUUGACGGAAGUCGAAGCGCAGUUGGCGUCGGAGGAUUAUGGCAAGGAUUCGGCGUCUGUCCAGAAUCUGAUCAAGAAGAAUGACCUCUUGGAACAGGAUAUCUUGGCCCAUCAGGAUCGUAUUAACCAUAUUUCGGAUUCGGCCGACCGUUUGAUUGAAGCCGAACAUUUUGACCAGAGUAAUAUUCUGGUGAAGCGCGAUCAUAUGCGCAAGCGUUUCGAAAAUCUGCGGGAACCAAUUCUACGUCGCCGAGCGCGUUUGGAAGACUCGCUGAAGCUGCACCGCGUGUAUCGUGAUAUUGAUGACGAAGAGGCAUGGAUUCGCGACAAAGAGCCGAUUGUGUCUUCACAGAAUCGCGGUCGCGAUUUGAUGGGCGUGCAAAAUCUGAUUAAGAAACAUCAUGGUGUCAUGAACGAAAUCCAAUCCCACGAGCCCCAUGUCGAGCAAGUGGCGCGCUCUGCUGACGAUUUAGUUGACCAGGGUCAUUUCGCCGCGGCUGAAAUCCGCGAUCGCCGUAAUGAACUGGUGGAACACUGGAAUUUGCUGAAAUCCAAGGCGGCUCAACGUCGACAGGAUCUGGAAGAUUCGCUGCAGGCGCAUCAGUACUUUGCAGAUGCCAAUGAGGCUGAGAGUUGGCUGCGAGAAAAGGAGCCACUGGUAGCCAGUCGGGAUAUCGGACGCGAUGAAGAUUCCGCGGAAGCGGCGCUGAAGAAGCACGAAGCUGUCAUGGCGGACUUGGCCGCGUUUAGAUCGACUAUUGACGCGCUGCGACAACAAGCCGAAGCGUGCAAGCAACGGGAUAUUCCGGUCAUGCUGCCAUAUGGAAAAGAGGUUGCGAUGGCUGCUUAUGACUACACCGAGAAAAGCCCUCGGGAGGUGUCCAUUAAGAAAGGCGAUGUGGUUACCGUGUUGAACAGCAACAACAAGGACUGGUGGAAGAUUGAAAUUAAUGAUCGACAGGGCUUUGUUCCAGCGGCCUAUUUGAAGAAGAUUGAUUCCAAAUUGUCGGCGAGCGAGCAGAGUUUGAUGGACCAGAAUACCAUCAACGCUAAGCAGCGCCAUGUCGAGCAUUUGUACAACACCCUGAUGACCCAAGGUCAAGGACGUAGCGACAAACUACGUGAAUCGUUGAAUGCCUUUGUGCUGGCCCGUGAGGCUCAGGAAUUGCAGCAAUGGAUUCGUGAAAAGCAGCAGUUUGCUGCUCACCAAGAAAUUGGCGAGGAUUUGGAACAAGUGGAAGUGAUGCAAAAGAAGUUCGAUGAUUUCCAGGCGGAUAUGCGUACCCAUGAGGAACGACUGAAGGAAAUGAACCAGGCUGCUCAGCGCCUGCGCGAUCUUGGCCAUACCGAAGCUGCCAUGCGCAUUCAAACUCAAAUCGAGGAACUGAAUCAGCAGUGGACCACGCUGCAGACCAUUACCAAGCAGCGCGCUCUGCAACUGGGCAGUGCGCAUGAGGUUCAGCGUUUCCAUCGCGAUGCUGAUGACACGAAAGACUGGAUCCAUGAAAAACAGGAAGCGCUGGAGAAUCCCGACUUGGGACAUGAUCUGCGCUCUGUCCAGACGCUGCAACGCAAGCACGAAGGCCUGGAGCGGGAUCUGUACGCUUUGGGAGAGAAGGUCCGACAGCUGGAUGAACUGGCUAAUAAACUGCUGAACACCCAUCCCGAGCAGGCGGAUAGCAUCUACAGUAAACAGAAGGAACUGAACGAGGAAUGGCUGUUGCUGACCCGCAAGGCGGAUGCACGGAAAGAGAAGCUGCUGGAAUCGUACGAUCUGCAGCGCUUCCUGGCUGAUUACCGCGAUCUGAUGUCAUGGAUUAACAGCCAGCUGCAGCAAGUGUCCUCGGAUGAUUUGGCCAAUGAUGUGACGGGUGCGGAGGCUCUGCUGGAGCGUCAUCAAGAACUGCGCAAUGAGAUCGACGCUCGCAGUCCGGCAUUCCAACAGUUUGAACUGUUUGGCAAGCAACUGAUUCAGAAGAAGCAUUUCGCUGCUCCGGAAAUCAACGACGCUCUGGAUAAGAUCCAUGAAGCGCGCGAUGAACUGAACAAGGAAUGGGCGCGUCGUCAGAAAUUGUUGGAUGACUGUCUGGAGUUGCAGCUGUUCAACCGCGACUGUGAACAGCUGGAUUCCUGGAUGAAGAAUCGCGAAGAAUUUGUCCGUACCGACGAGGAAGGCGAUGAGAAAGCCAAUGUGGAGGCGCUAAUCAAGAAAUAUGAGGACUUUGACAAGACUAUCAAGAGUCAGGAACAGAAGAUUGCCAGCAUGAACAACUUCGCUGAUCAGCUGAUCACGUCGGGACACUACGCGUCUCCGGAUAUUGAUCGUAAGCGACUGGAUGUGCUGGACCGCUGGCAGCGUCUGAAGGAAGCCAUGAUUGAGAAACGUAGCCGAUUGGGAGAAAGCCAAACACUGCAGCAGUUCUCCCGUGAUGCGGACGAAGUGGAGAACUGGAUUACGGAGAAACUGCAAACCGCUGCGGAGGAAACCUACAAAGAUCCCAGUAACAUUCAGAGCAAGCAUCAGAAACACCAGGCUUUUGAAGCGGAACUGGCGGCUCAUGCUGAUCGUAUCCAGGCGGUGUUGAAUACUGGAAAAAAUUUAUUGGACAAAGGACGCGCAAAGGGUAGCGAAACGGCUGUUGAGCAGCGCUUACGAGCUUUGGCUGAACAGUGGGAGUUCUUGACGCAGAAGACCACCGAGAAGACAUUCAAAUUGAAGGAGGCUAAUAAGCAGCGCAGCUUCAAUGCCGCUGUGAAGGAUUUGGACUUCUGGCUGGGAGAGAUGGAAGCUCUGUUGAGCUCGGAUGAAUACGGCAAGGAUCUUUCUUCGGUGCAGAACCUGUUGAAGAAGCAUAAUCUGAUUGAAGCGGAUAUCUUGGCCCAUGAAGACCGUGUGUCCGACAUGAAUACCCAAGCGGAUGACCUGGUCAGUACCGGACAAUUCGACACUCCCAAUAUUCAAGAUCGCCGCAAAUCGAUUAAUCAGCGUUUUGAACGCAUCAAAAACUUGGCUGAACACCGUCGCCAGCGUCUGAACGAGGCUAAUACGCUGCACCAGUUCUUCCGCGACAUUGCCGAUGAGGAAAGCUGGAUCAAGGAGAAGAAACUGUUGGUAGCAUCGGAUGACUACGGACGAGAUUUGACGGGUGUGCAGAACUUGAAGAAGAAACAUAAACGCCUGGAAGCGGAGUUGGCCAGCCAUGAAGCGGCCAUUCAGAAUGUGCAGAAGGCGGGUGCGCGCUUGAUGUCCGAAACUUUCCAGGGCGGACCUGAGAUCGAACAGCGCAUUCACAACUUGGAGCACAACUGGGAAGAUCUGAAGGCCCGCUCAGCCGAUCGUGGUAACAAAUUGGACCAGUCGUUGGCAUUCCAGCAGUUCAUCGCCAAGGUUGACGAAGAGGAAGCAUGGAUCGGAGAAAAGGCCAACCUGCUGCAGGUCAACGAUUUCGGCGACACUAUUGCCGGUGUACAGGGCCUGUCCAAGAAACACGAGGCCUUCGAAACGGAUUUGGGUGUGCAUGUCGAUCGCUGCCGCGAUCUCGAACAGGACGGUGACCGCCUGCUGGCUGAGGGUAAUCAUCAUCGGGAUUUGAUCGAAGCCCGCUUGCGCCAGCUGCGGACGCGCUUGAACGAGUUGAUCGCCGCGUCCAAGAAUCGCAAGAUUGGACUGGAUGAGAACAGCGCUUACCUGCAGUUUGUCUGGAAGGCUGAUGUUGUUGAGGGAUGGAUCGCUGAGAAAGAGAGCCAUGUUCGUUCGGAAGAUUAUGGCCGUGACUUGAACUCCGUGCAGAAUUUGUUGGCCAAACAAGAUACACUCGAAGCCUCCCUGGUUGCCUUUGAAUCCGAAGGUAUCCACGGUUUGACCAACCUGAAGAACCGUUUGGUGGCAGAUGGACACCGUCAGUCCAACGCCAUCAUGAACCGCUACACGCACGUCAUCGAGCGCUGGCAGACGCUGCUGCGUAUGGCCGCAAACCGUAAAGAGCGUCUGGGACAGCAACAAGAACAGUUCCGCCAGAUCGAAGAGCUCUUCCUGCUGUUUGCCAAAAAGGCUUCGGCCUUCAAUUCCUGGUUUGAGAAUGCCGAAGAAGAUCUCACGGAUCCGGUGCGCUGUAAUUCCGUGGAGGAAAUCCGCGCACUACAGGAUGCCCACCAAAUGUUCCAAGAAUCCCUUACCACUGCUCAACAAGACUUUGAGCAUUUGGCCGCCUUGGAUCAACGCAUAAAAUCCUUCAAAGUCGGCCCCAAUCCCUACACAUGGUUUACCAUGGAAGCCCUGGAAGAUACCUGGAGGAAUCUCCAGAAGAUCAUCCGUGAACGUGAUAACGAGCUGAACCGUGAAGCCGCCCGGCAAGAACGGAAUGAUCAGCUGCGUGGAGAGUUCGCCCGCCAUGCCAACGCGUUCUACCAAUGGCUAACGGAAGCCAGGACCUCCAUGAUGGAAACCACCGGCUCCCUCGAAAGUCAGCUGGAGCAAAUCCGCCGGAAAGCCCACGAAGUACGGGCGCAGCGUGACCGGCUGAAGAAGAUCGAAGAUCUCGGUGCGAUGCUGGAAGAGCAUCUUAUCCUGGAUAACCGCUACACGGAGCACAGCACCGUGGCCCUGGCCCAGCAAUGGGAACAGCUGGACCAGUUAGGCAUGCGCAUGCAGCAUAACCUCGAACAACAGAUCCAGGCGCGUAACACAAGCGGUGUCACGGAGGAUUCCCUGCGCGAUUUCAGUAUGAUGUUCAAGCAUUUCGACAAAGAUCGCAGUGGAAAACUAGACCAUCAACAGUUCAAAUCCUGCCUCCGUGCGCUGGGCUAUGAUCUGCCCAUGGUGGAAGAGGGUGAUCAUGAUGCAGAGUUCGAGGCCAUCCUGGAUGACGUGGACCGCAAUCGUAUCGGCUACAUCACCCUGCAGGAUUACAUGGCGUUUAUGAUCAGCCGCGAAACCGAGAACGUGCGCUCCAAGGAGGAGAUCCUACUGGCCUUCAAGGCGUUGUCGGCAGAAGAACGCCCCUACUUGAUGGCCGAUGAGCUCUAUGCUAACCUGAGCAAGGAGCAGGCCGAUUACUGCAUGGCCAAGAUGAAACGCUAUGUGGAUCCCAAGAGCGGUCGCGAAGUGCCCAACUCCUUCGACUAUCUGGAUUUCACCCAGCAGCUCUUCCAAAGUUAAUCCCCCAGCUACGGCAUUUUAUGGCGUUUUUAUCGUUAUUUGAACUAGUUCUCGCAGUGGGUUUUGUCUGCUUCACAUUCUUUCCUCUUUGUCUUACAUUCAGUCAUUGUGAGUUGUGUUGUGUACGGCCAGUGAUGUAUCGGUGAGAUUGGUGGUUGUGUAGCAGAUUAGCGGUACAUGUUUUUCACUACAGAAAAAAGAAUGGUUUGUCAACUUUUGUGUACACGCUAUCGAAAGAACUGGUGCGAAAUUUUGUGCAAGUGCGCUACGUAAUUUUUUUGCAUUGGUAUAUUUUGCUGUUGUGUUUGUACUGAUUUCAUAAUAAAGUCCUGGCUCAUUUCCUAAAA